ACUGACUCGUCGGUCGACAUUUUCGGCACAGCAUCAUCAGCGCUGACGUGAAACUACGUGAGCGAAGGCACAGGCCGUCCACCCAUUCUAAAUUAGUGACGAGUCAGACUACGUAAAACUUCGGCGACUGACUAUGGAUACCUCAGUCUCGCCUCAGCUGGACAGCAGUUUAAACGACUCAGUGACAGAUGGAGAGGAGAACCACAGUGGAGCUAGUCUAUCUCCUGCAGACCCUUCUCAGGUAUCUGUGGCAGCAGACUCUCCUGGUGUGACUGUUGUCCAGCUGUCUGACGGUCAAACAGUGCAGGUCCAAGGGGUCAUCCAGGCCCCUCAGACCUCUGUCAUACAGUCACCGGUCCAGACUGUCCAGGUUGCCACUGAAGCAGAGCUGGAGGAUGACGAGUCAGUCAAUGACACCCAGAAAAGACGAGAGAUUCUCUCCAGGCGUCCAUCUUAUCGAAAAAUAUUCAAUGAGCUUUCAUCGGAUUCGCCAGCAGUUCCUAAAAUCGACGAAGAGAAGACGGAGGAGGAGGUGCCGGUCUCCAGUGCAGCCUCAGCAUCAGUGCCGACCUCCAUCUACCAGACCAGCUCAGGACAAUAUAUUGCAAUCUCUGAUGGGAGAACCAUCCAGUUGACCACCUCUGGAGCUGAAGCACUUCAGGGGGCCCAGACUCUGACGGUGACCAGCUCUCCCACCCCGCAGCCUGGAACCACAUUCUUGCAGUGUGCAGCUCAGCCCGAAGACUCCCCACAGCAAUUCUACAUUCAGGGAGGACAGGUGGUCAUCCAAGCUGCCACAGGAGACAUACCAGCCUACCAGCUGCGUUCACCCAACUCGGGAUUGGCUCAGAGCAUCGUAAUGGCAGCAUCCCCAGGCACCAUGCAGAGCCCCUCAUCACAGCACUCUGAAGAGAUCACCCGCAAGAGGGAGGUCCGACUGAUGAAAAACAGGGAGGCAGCACGUGAGUGUCGCAGGAAAAAGAAAGAGUACGUCAAAUGUCUGGAAAAUCGUGUGGCAGUGUUGGAAAACCAAAACAAGACCCUGAUUGAAGAGCUGAAAGCACUAAAAGACAUCUACUGCCACAAAGCAGAGUAGCGGCCGCUGUUUGUGGUCAGGAGCUGAAGACAGUGCCGUUUACAAACUGCUACAGCAAAACAAGACUAGCAAAAAACUCUGGAACAAAAACUGCUUUGAACGUCUUUGUUUCUCUGCUCACUCAGGCCUGGUUUACACUGAAUUCAGAAGUGAACCUGGACAUUCAAACAGCUUGAGCUUGCCAGUUUCGCUCUUGUUGUUAUCUUUUAUGUGCUCUUUGCAUGUGAAGACUUAAGUGUCGUACACACUAUGCUUGCUGUUGCUUUUGUGCACGGGCGAAGCCAGACAAUGAGAGCCAGCUGAAGAAGAGGAAGAGGAAAUACAGGUGCUUCCUGAAAAUGUACCGCUCAAGUACAGAGAUUACGAAAAAACCUUGGUGGGUCAGCCAGGUCUCGCUACCAGCAAGUUUCUCUGAGGUCAGACGAGGUGCACACAAUGCUACUCAGAUCCACCAGCAGCUGCAACAACGCAACUCAGCCAUGUUUAUCUGAUAUGUCAUCUGUGUCAUUUACGCUGCCGUUCUUGAUUGUUUCCUGCAUUCCUUUAUUUGAAAACACAAUUAAGGAGAAAUAUCUUAAAAAGCAUUUUGUCAGUGAAGUGAUCUCCUGUAUUUCACCAAAUUGUCUUCAGUUUGUAUAGUUCUUGAUUUGAUCAAAAAGGUUUUUCAAGUAAGUGAACUAGAAGAAGUCAAGAUGAAGAUCCUCUUACGUUUGGCAGUUUAUACACAGAGUUUCAAAAUAUAUUUUAAGCCGAUGUAGAGGGGCAUUAUCCAAGUCCAAGAGAAUAUUUAUUUUUACUCACUGAAGUGAGUUGAUUGUAGUAUUUGAAAUGACAGAGCUCAACUGCUUUUUAGUCAAAGCACAGAAAGUACCAAAGCGUUAUCAUGGAUGUUAUCAGAAUUUAUAUUCUAUUAAAUUUAUUAGAAUAAUUCACUCCACAAAUUUAUAUAUUCUACAAAGCAAAUGUAAUAUAUUAAGUAGUUGUUCAACAUGUUAAAAAUGUAAUUGUUUACUCUGCCCGGAAAACCUAAAUUUUCUAUUUAAGAUGACUCAUAGUUCAAAGAAUAACUGUUGUGCUGUCAUAUAAGCGUCAGUUUUGUUUUUCAAAUUAUGGAUAUCCAUCGUGGUAUAAAACUGUAUUUGAUUAUGGCUAGAUAUUAAAAUGCUCUGUUUAAAGGGUGAUGCCAAUUUCUUUUCUCUUUUAUUUUUUUUUAUGUAACGACAUUUUAUUUGAAUUAUAAUAGCUUGUGUUAAUGUUUAUGGUGAUUUUGAAAACUGCUUGCUUUUUCUGUUUAUGUAGUUGUAUGGAGAAAAUAGAAAGAGCACUUCUUAUUGUAACAGACCGUUUCUUAUGGCUGCCAAAGCUCAAUAACAGUGAGGUAUUUAACUACUAUUUAGAGCAAUGACAAUAUUGUGAAUCAUCCUGUGGCAGUGUUUGUUGUGUACCAACCCAACGACCGUUGCGGUUUGUAUUCACAGAGGGAUGCCCGUCCUGUUCAAUUCUACAAAAAAGGCAGGUGAUAAUAAAAUUCAGGUUUUUGUUUGAUAUCAACUGAGAUGAAAUUCCCUGCAUGUUUUUUGCCGUUUCCAGUGACCAGGUUUUCUCUUCUCAGUGUUUGAAUUGUAAAAACAAAACCGUUUUUGUUUGUCUAAUAAAAUAUUCAAUUGUGAAA